CCAGUCUUCUCUUUAUGCCCACCUUCUUCUAGAAGCUUAUAUUCCCAAAUGCUUCCCCAUAAUACCAAUUCUUCCUUUACUACAGUUGAAGCUGAGAUUCUAUAAAGAUUGGAGAAACCCCUUUAAUCGAACUUAAAAUUCCCUUUCCUUUCCUUUCGUCACUCACCUUUUUGAUUCCUCUCUUUUUCUCUCUCUCUCUCCUCGUCUUCUUCUUCUUCUUCUUCUUCUUCUUCUCCUACCUCUGAUUUCAGUGAUGGAGAUGAUUCCCUGUCUUCCCGAUGAGAUCGCUCGCGAGUGUUUAAUUCGAGUUCCCUACAGAGGUUUCUCUACGGUUUCAGCCGUUUGCAGAGGCUGGAAAGAAGAGAUUGAAUCCCUACAGUUUCAGCAGCAGAGGAAAGCGAGUGGCUUAACCCGACCAAUCGUUGUGCUUACGCAAGCCCAUUUCACCGGGAAUUCCGGUGGUGCUACCAAGUACUCAAUCCCACCUUCUUAUCGUCUCACUGUUUAUGAACCGGUUACCGGUAUUUGGGCUGAGCUGCCUCCGGUUCCUGGAUUUUCCGACGGUUUACCGUUGUUCUGUCAAGUUGCCGGCGUCGGCCUGAAAUUGGUGGUGGUCGGUGGAUGGAAUCCGGAGAAUUGGGCGGUUUCCAAAGCCGUCUUGGUUUACGAUUUCGUCUCGGCCACUUGGCACCGAGGUGCCGACAUGCCCGGUGUACCGCGUUCGUUCUUUGCAUGUGCAUCAGAUUCCGAUCGGAUGGUGUUCGUUGCUGGUGGACAUGACGACGGGAAGAAUGCCUUGAGAUCUGCAAUGGUUUAUGACGUGGCUAAAGACGAGUGGGUCCCGCUACCUGAUAUGGCACAACAAAGGGAUGAGUGCAAGGGAAUCUUCCACGCUGGCAAGUUCCACGUCAUCGGUGGGUAUCGCACAGACAUGCAAGGUCGUUUUGAGAAGAGUGCCGAGGCUUUUGAUGUUAGCACGUGGCAGUGGAACCAGGUCCAGGAGGACAUGUUGGAGGCGGGAACGUGCCCAAGAACCUGUGUGGCCGAUGACGUGGGUAAAAUCUACAGAUGCUGGAAUGGGCAGGUGGCAGUAUUAGAAGAAAGUGGGUCCUGGAAAGCAGUUGCGGAGCUGCCAUCGGAUGUACGUGUGGGGCCAUGCCUGGUGACAUGGCAGGGGAAGUUAUUGGUAAUUGGAUCAGCUACGCAUGGUGGCUUCCACAUGUCAUAUGUGUUGGACUUGCAUUGUUACAAGUGGACAAGAGUGGAAGCUCCGGAGGAAUAUACGGGCCAUGCUCAGGCGGGAUGUUGCUUGGAGAUAUAAGCUAGCUAAUUAAGGCUUUGUUUGGUUGUAGCUUGUAAAUUGCAACUCUAAAAUCCAGAAGAGUUCAGAUGUUAUUUUCUUUACUUUUUCUUUUCCCUUUUUCCUUUUCUGGCUUGUAUAGAUUUCAGUCAAUGAAUUGGAAUAUUUAAAGUAA